GCUCGAACCGUCCCAGGUUUUGCGGGCAGAGGAGGGGAAACUUUUUGACAAGAGGACUGAACUCACAAACUUAAGAGCGUAUUCCUUAGACCUUCCAGACUUGUCUUCGCGGGAUGGGAGAAGCUGUACAAUCCUCAGCAGUGUUCUGAGACUGUACAGGGCGCUCCAACAGCACUAGGGACUACUGCUAUAUAUUUUGUUUGUUUGUUUUGCGUGACAAAAUUAGGCUAGAUUAAAUCCCCGUUUCCGUUUCGGUGAAAUAUUUGCGGUUUGCGUUGUUUGUUAUACUUUUGUUUAGCUCACGUUUUUCCGCAGCCUAAACGGUUGGUUGAAACAAAAGCACUUGGAUUUUUUUGCGGACAAGGGGAGAUAAACGAAAGGACAUUUGUCAAAUACCAUGACCGCUGAAAGAGAAAAGAAGAGGAACCCCUCGGAGCGCAGGAAGGAGAAGUCGCGGGAUGCAGCCCGCUGCCGGCGCAGUAAGGAGACAGAGGUGUUCUACGACCUGGCGCACCAGCUGCCCCUCCCCCACGGCGUUAGCGCGCACCUGGACAAGGCCUCAAUCAUGAGGCUGGCCAUCAGCUACCUGCGCACACACAGAAUCCUGCGCUCAGGACAACCCGACAGAGAGACAGACGAGGACAGACAGAUGAGCAGCCUCUGCCUGAAGUCGCUGGAGGGCUUUGUCGCCAUGGUUACGUCAGACGGCGACAUGAUCUUCGUGUCUGAGAACAUCAACAAAGUCAUGGGCCUGACACAGGUGGAACUAAUGGGACACAGCAUCUUCGACUUCACGCACCCCUGUGACCACGAGGAGAUCCGGGAGAGCCUCAGCCUCAGAUCAGGUUUUGGAAAGAAAAACAGAGAAAGGACCUCCCAGCGAGACUUCUUCAUGAGGAUGAAGUGUACCGUGACGAAUCGGGGUCGCACCGUCAACCUCAAGUCAGCCAGCUGGAAGGUUUUACAUUGCACCGGACACCUGAAGGUGUACAGCAGCUGCCCGUCCCGUGCACUGUGCGGGUUUAAGGAGCCGCCCCUCGUCUGCAUGGUCAUGCUGUGUGAGCCCAUCCCUCACCCCUCCAGCGCCGACCCGCCCCUCGACGACAAGGCCCCGCCCCUCGACAGCAAGACUUUCCUCAGCCGCCACAGCAUGGACAUGAAGUUCACCUAUUGUGACGACCGGGUGAAGGAGCUGAUGGGAUACAGCCCUGAGGAUCUCUUGGGGCGGUCCGUGUAUGAGUUCUACCACGCACUGGACUCCGACAUCGUGACCCGGAGCCACCAGAACCUGUGCACUAAGGGCCAGGUGGUGAGUGGGCAGUACCGCAUGCUGGCGAAGAAUGGUGGUUACGUGUGGGUGGAGACUCAGAGCACCGUCAUCUACAACAGCCGCAACUCCCAACCCCAGUGCGUUGUGUGCGUCAACUACGUCCUGAGUGACAUUGAGGAGAGGUCGACGCUGUUUUCUCUGGAUCAGACGGAGUCUCUGUUUAAGCCUCACUCAGUGCUGACCAUGAGCAGCUUCUUCAGGGAGGGCGGGGCUGAACCCGCGGGUGGGGCAAAUGAGGUUCUCUUCACCAAGCUGAAGGAGGAGCCCGAGGAGCUGGCCCAGCUCGCCCCUACACCUGGAGACACCAUCGUUGCGCUCGACUUUGGGUCCCCGUUUGAGGAGUCCCCUGUCAGCCAGUCAUGGGGCAGCGAGAUCUCCAAGCCCAGUCCUGCCAGCGAGCUCUUCUCUGUGCCCCAGCCGACACCCCAGGGCAGAGCCACGCCCAGCACCACACCCUGUGCCACCCCCAGCAGCACACCUGGUCUGAGCUCCUGCUGUGGCUCCAUGCCUGGUAGUCCUGAGGACUACUACAGAUCUGUGGACAGUGAUCUAAAGGUGGAGCUGACAGAGAAACUGUUCUCCCUGGACACUGAAGCUAAGAGUCACUGUACUCAGAUGGACCACAGUGAUCUGGAUCUGGAGACCCUGGCUCCCUACAUUCCCAUGGAUGGGGAGGACUUCCAGCUGAGCCCCAUCUGCCCAGAGGAGGCUCUCUCUGAGGGGUGUCCCAUCGGAGACCAGGACAGCUUCCGCGACAUUGCCAGCCUGUUCCAGCCCCUGGAUACGCCCCCUCCCGCUCACCUCCACUGUCCCAUCACAUCCCCAGGGGAAAAAGGAGCCCCCGGCUCCGCCCCCCUGGAACGACGAGGACCCCUGCCCUACCCAGGCCCCACUGCGAUGCCCCAUUACCGCGCCCCAGCCUGCACCCCACUUUCUGCCAUGGGAGGGCAGCAGAACCCGCAGUGGCCCCCUGAUCCACCGUUUCUGUACCCCCGCAACACCAGCAGCAUGGCCAACCUACUGCCAGGGACUCAGGUGUACCAAGAUCACCCCCCCGAUCACCUGGCCCUCCUCAAACAGAGGAGCCUGGAGGGCCUCGUCCCGCCGCGCACAGUCAUGAGCCCAGCCAGAAUCGCUCUGGCUAACAGCCUCAAGCGCAAGAGACAGCUGGAGUUUGGAGACCAGUGCGCUUUUACACAGAUGCGCCAGGAGGAGAGGUCCUGCAGUGAGGCCACAGAGACCAUGUGGAAAAGGAUGAAGACAGUGAUGAGUAACACCUGUGGCUUUCCACAGCAGAAGUCCCAUAGUGCCAGUGCACUCCCAGUCAUUCAGAGAGGUGGAGACCCACCCUUUAGCCCACUACUGGAACACAGGAAUUCACAGUGCUCUGUAAACAGGCCCAGGGAGCCCAAAGAGCCCUGGCCGGGUCGGAUUGGUACCCCCAGCUAUCAAGAGUGCGGCAUGCUCCGAUCACCCAAAACAGGAAUGGCCAGCCGCCUGUUGGUGCCCUCCUUCGAGACGUACCCCCUGCCGGAGCUGACGCGUUACGACUGCGAGGUCAACGUCCCGCUCCAGGGCAACCUGCACCUGCUGCAUGGGUGUGACCUGCUGAGAGCGCUGGACCAGGCCACCUAGAGCCAGACCACGCCCGGCCACGCCUGGCCAACGCCCAGCCAACGCCCGGCCACCGCCUGGCCCCAACCAUGAGCCUAUAUCCGAAAGACAGCAGCUUUACUUCAGUCAUGUCAAUGUUUUUAUGUGCACGUAUCUACAGUAUAUAUUUUUGAAUUAGAGUCAUUACUGAAUACAAAUAGAGGAUAUGUUACAGAGACUGCUGUAUUUCCUGCUCUCGAAUUUGACUACUGUGAGGCCUUUUGCUGUCUCUCUGUCUCUAACUGUUUUCUGAAGUGUGAAAAAAAAUCGACACUCGAUUUGUGUUUGAUCUUACUGUGAAUGUACUGUCUAUUUUAAAUAAAGGUGUUUUUUUUUUCUUUCUCGGUAAGACAGCUGGCUUUUUUUCUUUUUCCUCUUCUCUCCUCUCCUCCCUUCUCCCUCUCUCCUCUCUCUCUUCAUCCCUGUUGAUGGAUUCAUGCAUUGUGGUUAGUACUGAUAGUGGUGAGGUCUUAUUUUGUGUUUCUGUGUGAAGUCCCUGCUCUCGUUCCUAUAGAUCUCUCUGACGCGCUUGCUUUUCUGAUAUAUUGGACGCUGUGUCCACAGCACAGAGUUUCCUGUCUUUAUACCAGAUUCGAAAAAGAGUGACAGGAUCCAUCAGGGGUCAAAGGUCAUAGUAAAUCACUCCUGCCUAAAUCUAAUUCUCAACCUCUACAUCUUCUUCUUCCUCUUCUCUCUCUGUCUUGCCCCAUUAUAGAAGGUGUUGAGUACCUGUGUGCUGGCCACCGUAAGCCUAUAUGCAUUUAUAACAUAUUUAUAGAGGUAAUUUCUGCAGCUAACCCUGGUAUUUAUGAUAGUAUUUUAGUAUUGGUUGGUUUCUUGGUACUUGUUUAUGUCUACCCAGUAGCAGUUUAACUUUCUUGUAAUCUUGAGGAGUUGCCUUUUUCAUUUCUUUUGCUGUGCUGUUUUUAUUGUGAUUUUGUUGUGUUUUUUCUGUGAUAGUGCUGUUAUAUGCAGAAACAUUAAUUUGUCACCAGUCGAGUACCAUCACGGUUCCGGAAAUUGAAAAUAAGAAAGAGACAGGAAAUUGGAAAAAUGAUAACUGCUUAUAUUGGUGUGGUUCAUUCACAACAUGCAUCAAUUUAAACCCAUUAAAUGAAAAUUACUUGCCAAAAUAAGUUUAAACACAUCAAAAAAAGGACAGCUACUCGAUAAUACUAACUUGAUUAUGGUGCGCUUUGCCAGGUUGCGUUUAUUUUUUGUUUCUGCCCAGUCUCUGUAUCUCGUUCUUUAUUAACACUGUUUAUGCUUGCUGUUGGUUGUCUGAGACGUUGUGUAAGUGUUAUUUUAGUGUUCUUCAAAAGUAUGGUCUCUGAAAAUGAAAUGAAUUCCUCUCAUAACACUGACAGCAUGCACAGAGAUACACACACUGCAAAACAUGCUUACUCUGUCUCACACACACACACACACACACACGCACGUAUGCACGCACACACACACACGCACACACACACGCACACACACUCUGAGCUCAAAAGGGGCCUUUAUCCUGUGAAAAGCAGGAGAUUAAAUCUAACCUUCCGAAAACUCAGACUGCUGGUGCAUCUUAAUCUUAUGUUUUAUUGGUACAGAUGAACUCCUAUUUCCUUUUUACUGCAGUGAGCCUAAUGUAGCAGUUCUGCCUGGGGGCAUGAAGUCAUUCACACUAAUUCCCACUAAUACCUCUCCGUAUACUGUCUGUCUUAUAUGGCUCCAAAUACUGAUUCCCUCUGAUAUCUCUACACAUAAUGAUUCCCUCUGGUAUCUCUCCAAAUACUGAUUCCCUCUGAUAUCUCUCCACAUACUGAUUCCCUCUGAUAUCUCUCCAAAUACUGAUUCCAUCUGAUAUCUCUCCACAUAUUGAUUCCCUCUGAUAUCUCUCCACAUACUGAUUCCUUCUGAUGUCUCUCCAAAUACUGAUUCCCUCUGAUAUCUCUCCAAAUACUGAUUCCCUCUGAUAUCCCUCCACAUACUGAUUCCCUCUUAUAAUACUCCACACACUGAUUCCCCCUGCUAUCUCUCCAAAUACUGAUUCCCUCCGAUAUCUCUCCACAUAUUGAUUCCCUCUGAUAUCUCUCCACAUACUGAUUCCUUCUGAUGUCUCUCCACACACUUCAAAGCUUUUGUCAGCCUUAAAGGUGGUAUCACUAGCACUUUAAUGAACAUGAUGAGGAUAUUUUUUCUGCUUUGUCUGCUUUCAUCGGCAUUUGUAGCCAUAUAUACAGUAUAUAUAUAUAUUUGCUGAUGAUAUGAGCAAUUUUAAUAUUCUAAGGUCAUCUGGAUACAUUAAUAUCCGAAGUGAUAUUCCUGUAUGGAAACUCUUACACGGUGGGAAACUGUAUCUAUGAUAUAUAUAUAUAUUAAAUCACACUGAAUUUA